GAAAUGACGGGUGGUGCCGGCGGUUCGGGGGGCAAUAACUUCGUUCCUGCGAGCGAUGUCGUCAUGGACGAGCUGCGCAGGAAGUCGAGAGUGUGGCGCCAUGUGACGCAAGGUCAGAGGAUGGGAACAUGGGAGAAAAGGCAUGGGGAUAAUAAGCUGCGCUGCAAUUAUUGCAAGCAUGUCUGGCAGGGGAAUUUGUUCAAGGCACAACGCCACUUCACGCAGUUGAAGAGGUGCACGGCGGUGAUGAUGGAUGUGUUCGUUGACAUUUGGAACCACACGGAUUACGAGUUCGAGAACCAACAUCACCGCGGUAUCGUGGCUUACAUGAGGGAGCACGAUACCGUGGAUAGAAGAGUUGUGGACACGCACAAGAGACAGCGGCUGUCCACUCUGGAUGAGGUGUACGAUCCAGAUGGUCAGGCCGCAUUCAGGGACACCUUUCUGCAGUGGUGCUACGAUAGUGCUAUACCAUUUAAUGCUUUCAGGAGGCAGUCAUGGUAUAGGCACAAAAAGGCAUUGGCCGCCAUGUCUCGCGGAGUGCGGCCUGUCUAUCCGUCCUUCAAGGACAUUGGGGGCGGUGGUACCGCUAAUCAACGGGGGAAGGUUGCCGCGAUGUUGAGGGAGGUCCGUGCUUCGUUCGAGUUGGUGGGGGCCACCAUUUUGUCGGACGGCAGGCAAUCGCAAGACGCGAGGCCUAUCAUCAACUUCCUUGCGGCCGCCAAGCGCGACGCUCUAUUGUACGCCACCGUCCAGCGAGACGGUUCAGUGGCCGAGACGGCACGGAUCGUCCUGAGGAGAUGGAAGGCCAUUUUUCGGUCUUUCCCUCCGAAGGACGUGUUGACCAUUUGCACGGACUCUGCGUCGAACUAUACGUCCGCCGCAAAGCUCCUUGCAAAGGACCCCGAUCCGGAGAUCCGCCGUAUCACUUGGCUCCCCUGUGCCAUCCAUGUGGCCAGCUUGAUGUUGUCUGACAUCGGCACAGGGGUUCCUUGGGUCAUCCGGUGCGCCGAUUUCUGGCGCAACGUUCAGUAUGCUGUCUCUGUCAUGACCCCUGUCCACCAGCUGUUGAGGAGAUUGGACAGAGGCGGCAUGAUCAUGUCCAUGAUGUACUCAUGGUCGCAGGAGUUGGCGCGACAGGUGGCUGCUGUUGACGUUCCUGAUGACAUGCGGAGGCUGUGCGUGGAGGCGGUGCAGAUCCGCACCAUGCAUAUGCUUGAGCCGGCGCACGCUGCAGCGCACCUGCUCAACCCCCGCAGGCACUCCCUCCGUUACUACGAGUCCGCCCGCAGGACAGCUGCGGACCUCGAGGUCGCUACCGAGUGCGACUCGUUUUUCUUGGCGCAGACAGGCGGUGAUGCGGCGGGGGAUGCAUACUUGCGGGUGCGUCAGCAAAUGCGAUCCUUCCACUCCAGGGUUGGGCACACGACGGACAGGGUGACGAGGGACGUCGAGGCGGAGGCCUGUGUAGGGGACGAGGAGACGAGCAGGUACGCGUCAUGGUGGGUGGAGCACGACGCAUGCUUCCCGGACUUGCAGGAGAUCGCUGGCCGUGUGAUGCACAUGUGGACGUCCGCCUCUCCUGCUGAGAGGAAUUGGGCAGAUCAUGAGCGCAUCCUGACGGCCAAGCGCAACAAACUCAAGUUCAGGAAGGUCACGCAGUUAGUUGAGAUUGCUACCAAUCUCAACCUACUUGGCUGCAGCGACCGGAGCGGGGGGUAUGUUCUUCCGUGGGGCCACAUGGAGACCCUGGCUGAGGCGCGCCCUGACGAGUACACACACACCCCGACCACCACCGACAAGGAUGAUGAGGAGGAGCCUGAGCCAAAGGAGUGGGGAGCCCGACCUCGGUCGGCAGUGGCCACACACGAGGUUAGUGCACAGGUCCGUCGAUUCCAGCAGCAGGGUUCUCGUCGUCCGGAGCGAGUUGCUGAGGUUUUCGGUCCUAGAGCCGAGACACUUCAUCCUUACGACUAUGUGCCCCCACCGCCAGCAGAGCCGGCGGAGACGUCGGAAGCUUCGUCCGCCACUAAGGAUCUUAGGAGAUCACUUCGGUUGCAGACGCAGGCCGACUCGUCCACGGGCGUCAGACGCGAGGUGUCCGGCCACCUGGAUGACAUUACAGUCGAUGAGCAUAUGCCGAGCCAGCACACACCCACCUCGGCACCUCCAGGGGACAGGGAGCAGACAAACCUACGAACGAGUGACUUUCCUGGACUCACACACGGACAUUCUGACACCGGUUUUCCAGGAUGGGGCCACAGGGGAGAGAGAGUGGGGGAUGACGUCGAGUAUCGUCCUACGAAGGCUGGUGUACCGGAGUCAACGGAGGAGCUCCAUGCCCGCUUGGAUCGAGAGGAGGAGCAGCGGUUGGAGGUGUUGCAGAGAGAGCGGGCGGGUAGAGCCGCGUACAUGGCGGAGCAACAGCGUGCUUGGGAUUUGGAGACCGGUGCUGCAGUACCUGAUCCGGGCGGGGUGGAGCAUCGCGAUCCAUUCGCACCUGACCUUGCACAGACAGAGGGGCACGGUGAUCCGACAGUGCCAGAGCAUGGAGAUCUUGCUGUAUCCGACGUCGUACUUGGAUUUUGUGCGGCAGACACGUUGCAGCCCGAUGAUGUACGGACUGAGGAGACAGUUCGUAUGGAGGGUGAUUCUGACGAGCAUGGGGACGGAGGGUGUGGACCCGGUCUGGAGGCCGAUGAUGGGGCGGAUACUGUGGGGCGACUUUCACCGUCGCCUAGUGCCGGCCUAGGUAGAUUGUCACACGGCCCCAUUGGGGGUGACGACAUGGACCUGCAGGCUGCUGAUCCGGAGGAGGUCGGAGGCAGCUUGCAGCGUGCAGGAGUGGAGGAUCCGAUUAGCAGGGGAGCUGCAGGAUCUCUCGGGGUCGGGGUUCGAUCGCCUCCGUUGUACACACCUGUGACCCCGCGGUAUUCAGGCUCUCCGGCGAGCUUAGAGUGCGAGCAGCAUCGUUCGGAGUCCAUCAUGGUAGCGGGUCGGGGUGCACACAGGGCUGGCACCAGUUCACUCACACCUCCCUUACCGACCGUGCCCCACAGCACUCCGACACCAGUCACGGGUAAAGCUGUCAGUAGAGGUCACGUGCCAACGUCGUCGUCACCUCGCCUCGACACACAGCAGUCAUUUCACCGUCCGUGGAGCACAGUGCGACGAGUUGACGACAGAGUGAGGGGUGAUUUCGUGGCGCACCGGACGAGGUUGAGGGAGGACUCGGAGGAGCACAGACCGGCACCGAGUUUGACGACUGGUUAUCGCAUUCUCGAUCAGCCUGGACACGACACUUGCAGGGGCAUGCUUUUAGGUUCACGCAGGGGUGCGCCUGCGUUUUACACUUCUGGAGAGGACGGAGUGCCGACGCCUCAUGGAGAGCGACAUCACAGCAGCAUGAACGAGUUGGAGGCUCGUAUUGCUAGGGAGGAGGCGAGAUUGAGGGAGUCGCUCGAGGAGCUUGACAGGGAGCACAAAAGGAUGGCGGUGGCGCGCACUUCGGAUGCUGAUACGGAGGAGGAGCCCAUCGAGGUUGCUAGCCGCAGGGAGAGAGAGAGAGAGAGAUUGGUCGCGGCACAGGCACGCAUGGCACCGCCGACACGUGGACGAGGCGGCAGAGGCAACAGAGGCGGCGGAGGCGGCAGAGGUGGCAGAGGCGGCAGAGGCAGCAGAGGCAAGGGGCGGUAGAUAUAUGUACUGUGGUUUUGAUUUGGAUAUUUCCUAUUUUUUGGGGGGGAGAUUCGUAUUCGUUUUCAUAGACGCAAUUCGCAUGU